AUGUCGUUUAAUAAAGCAAAACAUUUAGCAACAUUUUCUCGCGUAUGGUAUCUCUUUGACGCCAAAUGGCAAUGUCCACAUCUAUCAGGUGAACGAAUAGCUCGUAUUCUACGUGGUGAACACAAACCGAUCUUCUAUCCAGGAGAAUCUACAGGCGAUUGUGUUGUGGCCAUAAACACUCGACAUGUGGCCUUGCGCAACGACGCAUGGCGUGCUGAAGCACUACACAUCCCCCGUGUUUAUGCCAAAACCAAAUACGAUAUACCUCUGUUCAAACUUCAUGAACUUGAUCCAACAAAAGUUCUCCAUCUAUGCGUUCUCAACUGUUUACCACCAGAAAACAAUCGAAGAUACGACAUGGCACGAUUGUAUACAUUUCCUGAUGAUGCAGUACCUGCUCAUUUAUUGAAGAAUGUAUGUGAUCAAAUACGUGGCUCACGUUCUAUACCUAAACGCCUUGAUGAUUUGACACCGGGUGAAGUAAAAAACUUCCCUCAAAUGUUCAAAUGGCCGAAGGAUUUGGUGAUUGAUGAUCUCGAUCGAGACAAAUUCGUUCGUGUUGUUCCUCCGGAAGAAUUACCUAAACGAGAAGUUAUGCUUGGACAACGUGCUGGCAAACAGAACUACUGGUUUCAUGUUUCGACUAGUCGACAUGAAGAAGUUAAAAUUAAUUAA